ACUUGGGCGGGGCUCCCCCUCCUGGCGGUUGUUGAUCGUUUCCUCAGCGGCGGGCGCUUUCCCGGACGCCGGCUCGGCGGCGCGCUUGGGAGGACGCGGGCGCGCGCAGCUCUCGUGAGGGGAGAGAAGUGCGGGGAAGGGGGCUCCUCGUCUGGGAGAGAGAAGGGAGGGGGGCCUUUUGUCUGUGUGAGGAGGACUGCCCACUGGUGGGGCAGGGGGGUCACUGAGGGGCAGAUACAUAUAUUUUAAAACAAAUAUUGCCCCCGCCCAUGGGCACUGUCAGCCAGGAGGGGUUUAGAAAUAAUAAUAAUAAUAAUAAUAACACAAACCCACUCCCCCCAAUUGACUGUAGUGGGGGAGAUUGGCAGGCCCCUCCCCCUCCCCUGAUUCCCCGCCCACCCCAAUUUGGGGACAGCCCCUCCCCCCCUGCAGGGGGUGGGCACCUCCGUGCCCUUGACUAGGCUGCUCGGUGGUGCCUGGGAGUGAGCUCUCGUUGACAGCAUCCACGCCCACCCAGCGGGCACCGGGGAGCCCUUGCAAACGCGUGUGCGUGCGUGCGUGCGUGCGUGCGUGUGUGUGUGUGUGUGUGAGUGAGCACCAUCCGCUUGCACGCUCGCCUGCGCCCCUCGCCGCGUCGCCUGCGGAGCUGUCCCCAGUUGCAGCGCCGAGCCGGACCGUUGGGGAGAAGAUGGGAGACCGCCAAGAUGUGGGAGACGUGAACUCCAACCUGCUCAUCACUUACAGCACUGGGGACUUGCAGCUGGACAAGGCGAUUUGGCAGUGGCUGACCUGGGACAAGAAUCCUAAGACAAAAGAGCAAAUUGAAAACUUGUUACGAAAUGGAAAGAACAAGGAGCUCCGAGACCGUCUAUGCCGGAGACUUACCUUUGGAACUGCUGGGCUCCGCUCCGCCAUGGGGGCUGGCUUUUGCUACAUCAACGAUCUUACUGUGAUCCAGUCAACACAGGGGAUGUACAAAUACCUUGAGAAAUGCUUUCCAGACUUCAAGCAACGAGGUUUUGUUGUUGGAUAUGACACACGAGGCCAGGUAACCAGCAGUUGCAGCAGCUUAAGACUUGCAAAGCUCACAGCAGCAGUCCUGCUUGCUAAGGGUGUUCCUGUCUACCUGUUUUCCAGAUACGUUCCCACUCCUUUUGUGCCCUACGCAGUUCAGCAGCUCGGAGCUGUCGCUGGUGUGAUGAUCACUGCUUCCCAUAACCGCAAGGAAGACAACGGUUACAAGGUAUACUGGGAAAACGGUGCACAGAUCACAUCUCCUCAUGAUAAAGAAAUCUUGAAGUGCAUAGAAGAAUGUGUUGAGCCAUGGAAUGACUCUUGGAAUGAGAAUCUGGUAGAUAGCAGCCCUCUUACACAAGAUCCCCUGCAGAAAAUCUGUGCAAGCUACAUGGAGGAUCUGAAAAAGAUCUGUUACCACAGGGAGCUGAACACAAAGACCAACUUGAAAUUUGUUCAUACUUCUUUUCAUGGGGUUGGGCAUGACUAUACGCAGUUGGCUUUUCAAGCAUUUGGCUUCCAGCCUCCCAUUCCAGUUCCUGAGCAAAAAGACCCAGAUCCAGAUUUCUCCACUGUAAAAUGUCCGAACCCUGAAGAAGGAGAAUCUGUUCUGGAGUUGUCUUUGCGGCUUGCAGAGAAGGAAGGUGCCCGAGUAGUCGUGGCUACUGAUCCUGAUGCAGACAGAUUAGCUGUGGCAGAACUGCAGACAAAUGGCCGCUGGAAAGUCUUCACUGGCAAUGAACUGGCAGCAUUGUUUGGAUGGUGGAUGUUUACUUGUUGGAAGGAGAAUCGUCCAAAAGAUGCCAAUGUCAAGAAUGUUUACAUGCUGGCAACUACUGUCUCCUCUAAGAUUCUGAAGGCCAUUGCGCACAAAGAAGGAUUUCACUUUGAAGAUACACUCCCGGGCUUCAAAUGGAUUGGCAGUAGAGUUAAAGGUCUUCUGGAUAAUGGCAAAGAAGUCCUUUUUGCCUUUGAAGAGUCCAUUGGCUUCAUGUGUGGCACUUCUGUGUUGGACAAAGAUGGCGUAAGCGCAGCUGUGGUGAUAGCUGAGAUGGCUGCAUAUCUAGAAACCAAGAGCCAAAUGCUGGCACACCAACUGACAGAAAUAUAUACAACGUAUGGCUAUCACAUUUCAAGGACAUCCUAUUUCCUGUGUUAUGACCCUCCUACCAUCAAAAGGAUAUUUGAAAGGCUCCGGAACUUUAAUGCCCCCAGUUCUUACCCAGCGUGUUGUGGCACUUUCAGUAUAUUGGAUAUCCGAGAUGUCACCACUGGAUAUGACAGCAGCCAGCCAAAUAAGAAGGCGGUAUUGCCUGUGAGUAAAAACAGUCAGAUGAUCACCUUUACCUUUCAAAACGGCUGUGUUGCCACUCUUCGGACAAGUGGAACCGAACCAAAGAUAAAAUAUUAUGCAGAGAUGUGUGCACCACCAGAACAGAGUGACACAGUCUUCCUGGAAGAGGAUCUGCAGAACCUCAUUGAUGCCCUGAUUGAGAAUUUUCUGGAGCCCAGUAAAAAUGGACUAAUCUGGCGCUCAGUGUAGCCUUCCUCCUGCCAUUGGUUGUUACAGCAGUCACUCCAUGCACUGCAUAAUGUGGAACAAAGGAACCAAGAUGACAAAUCCUGUUUGCAUUAAUUUAAUAUAUAUAUAUGUGAAUGUGUGUGUGUUUUAUAAAUAUAUAUUAUGUAUAUAUAUCUGUUCCCUAGCCACCUAUAUUGAAGCAGUAUUGUUUUGUCAGCUUUCUAUCCAAAAUGAUAAGCAGAUGACUGGAUAGCUUUUGGGGAGGGCUCUGGAUUCCCACAGAGAUCCUUAAAGCCAAAAGGAAAGGACUGGGCAUACUCUGGCAACUUUGCCAGAAGUGAUUGGUGGCAGCGACUUCCUUCACCACCGAACCUCCAAAAACCCAACCAGUGUUGGGUACCCGAAUUCUUUGACUUGCUCAGUCCCUUGGCAGCUGGGGCAGAUGAUUGUACUGGGCUGAGAAAAAGGUCCUGCUUGUUUGAAGCUGUUUUGAGUGUAGGUAUCUUUACUGUACUGUUGAGUCUUAAUUUUUUUCCUGUCUGUUUAGUAGAAUUCAGCACUUAGGAUUUCCUAGUUUAGUUCACGUUGUUCAGAAGUCAUAAAGGUUCCAGCUCUUUAAAUCUCCUCUUCUGAAAGGUGCUCUUUGUGCAUUGUAUUCUUACCUGUCUGCGUACUUACUGAAGUUUACUCGACAGUUAAACAGUAGUGGCAAGCUAUGUAACUGGAGGAUUGAUUAGUUUUGGGGCCAAAACAGGUGUGAUUGACCAGCACACAUCUCUUUGGGCCCCUGAGUACGCACUGGGCCUCCUGGCAGUUAGGGAGCAAGCCUGUAUGCAGACUUUUUGGCUCAAGGGAAUACAAACUGCUUUAGGUAGCUGAUUGUGGCUGUGCCAAUUUUGCCUUCAUUCGCCUCCACUAAAAAUUCCUCCAAACACUCCAGCUUUUAGAAAAUAGUGCCAAGACAGAUGUUCCCUUUGUUUUCAUGCUGGAGCAUGUCCUGCAAAUACAGUUCCUCACCCCUGCCCCGCAUCUGUUUGCGAAAUUCUCCUUCUCUAGUGGUACUUUUACAGUAAUCACAAUGAUGGAUAUUGUUUAUUGCUUCUUAAAAUAAAAUAGUUGAGCUUA